AGGGAGAUAAUUUAUGAAUUGUUAUCCAGGGGAAACAAUUGAAGGACAUUUCUUACUGGUUUUGAAGAUCGCGAGAUUUAAGCAUGUUUUCUUUAAGGAUUUUUAUUGGAACUAUACGUAACGUUGAUAGAUUUGGUUUUAUUUUAACACAGUCCUGUUCUUUUUCCUCUUCGAGAAAGCAUUUCAGCAACACACUUCCAACUACAGAAGAAUCUACAGACCAAUCGCCCCACGUCCAGACUCGCGGACCUUUACCCUUGAUGACGAGUCGUCAACUGAAUUAUCCCAGCAAAUCCAAAGAAGGUGUACAAACAUGGCUUGAAACUCUAAAUACCAUUGAUAAUGAGAAACUCGGAAUGGUUGAUCUCCAUCCUGAUAUAUUCGCUACAUUUCCUCGUUUGGAUGUUAUUCACUCGAAUAUUAACUGGCAGAAUAAAUACAAACUUAUUCGGUAUGAUUGGGAACCAACUCGUGCGGAGAUGCGAGGAGGAGGCAGAAAGCCGUGGCCACAGAAAGGUUUAGGUAAAGCUAGACAUGGUAGCAACAGAUCUCCAAUUUGGCUGAGAGGUGGACGAGCUCAUGGGCCACGCGGACCUGAAAGCUUUUUUUAUAUGCUACCAACCCAUGAACGAGUUUUAGGCUUGAGAUCUGCUUUGAGUGUUAAGUUGGCUCAAAAUGAUUUACACAUUGUCGAUUCCCUAGAAAUUCCUACAGAUGAACCUGACUAUAUUGAAAGUUUGUUUGCUUCUAGGUUUUGGGGAUUUUCUGGUCUUUUUAUCGACGAUACAGAUUUUAUGCCGCGGAAUAUUUCUCUGGCUUUGAACAAAUUAAAUCACUUCAACCUAAUGCCUGUUUAUGGACUUAAUGUUUACAGUAUGUUGAAGCAUGAAACUCUUGUGUUGACUCUGGCAGCUGUAGAAAAAAUUGAAGAGAAAUUGUUAUUUCAACUUUACAAGACUGAAAAAGAAAAGAAAACUGUUGUAGGAUAUUGGUAGCCUCUGCGUGUGUGUGUGUAUAUAUAUAUAUAUAUAU